AUGGAAAGACUACCGAGCCCAUUCCCAACAGUGUACCUGGAUGAGCCUGAAGACCAAAGCUAUAUUGCAACGAGGCCACUCUUCCAGGACCCAUACCCGCUUCAGCUGUGGAGGCCUGAUCGCCCCAAAAAAGAAUGCCUGACGAUUCCGAUGAGCGUGCACCACUUACUCCGGCGACAGUAUGUUCCAUACAAGGCAUUCCUUGAGAAGUAUUCCAAUAUCAAGGAAAGCGAAGUGUGGAUUGGGGUGGACAUGGAUCGUUUUUGCCUCGACCCUCGAUCUCGGGAGGACUUCAUUGCUUGUGUGCAGGAAGCGUUUCAGUAUAGCAAGUUCUACAUGUCAGAAAAUCCUAAGGUAGCACCUUGUGUCGAUCGGGGCUUUUGGAUUCAAAUGCGGGGAUAUUUCCCUGGUCCGCGAUUUGAAAUGAUGAUGGAAGCUGCGAAACGUCAUAUGCAACUGGUGGACAGACUGAUCAAGGCUGGAUAUGUGAUUCUUUGA